GAAAAUGAAUGCGUGUACAGUACCUAAUCGCAGCUAAAAAUGCAGUAUAUCAUCAUCGGUGGACUAUUUAUGCUGGCAACUUUUCACUUCAACGAACGCACCGCUAUGGCUGUAAAUCAACAUAUGGCGACGGCCCAGGAAAAUCGAGUCGUUAAAAAAUUUUCACCCCACCCGUACUUCGAUUUUGAUGUGCCUCGGAACAUUACGACCCGCGUGGGACAAACGGCGUUCAUCAACUGCCGGGUCGAGCAAAUGGGUGACAAAUCGGUCUCAUGGAUUCGGAAACGGGAUCUACACAUCCUGUCUGCAGGAACCGCCGUCUACACUUCAGACGAGCGCUUUCAGGUGAUACGAUCCGAGAAAGCGGAGAACUGGACGCUGCAAAUAAAAUUUGCCCAGCAAAGGGACUCCGGCAUAUACGAGUGUCAGGUGAACACGGAGCCAAAGAUGUCCAUGGCGUUUCGCCUGAACGUAGUAGAAGCGAAAGCCAUUAUCCUUGGACCAACGGAUCUAUACGUAAAAAUGGGCAGCAUCGUUACGCUGACGUGCAUCAUCAGCCAGGGACCACACGACCUAGGGACAAUCUAUUGGUAUCGAGGAUCGAGCCUCGUGCAGCCGGUACUACUGCAGUCUAGUGAUCCAUCAUUAGCAUAUCUACAUCGAAUAUCGGUCGAACUUAAGUGGACGGAAGCGCUUACAUCACGUCUGAAAAUUCUCGGUGCCAAAUUGUCUGACACGGGCAACUAUACGUGUCUUCCGACGUCGGCCGAGGGCAGCAGCGUACUGGUGCAUGUGAUAAACGGAGAGCAUCCUGCGGCAAUGCAGCGCGGAUGCGCGACAACCACCAACGGGAAUCACCGGCGAAGCAUACAGCUGCUCGCCGCGAUGCUGGCUGUGCUGCUGCUCGCCCUGCACCCUGGUGUCCUUCGGGGCGAGCUCGGGCAACCGGUGCCGACUGGCGAUGGCGACAGGACGCCGCAAAGGACCCCAGCGCCAGCUCAGGACAGCUCGGGAUGCAAAGUGAUACCGAGGCGACCCCGCGGCACUAUAUCAUCGUCAACUGCAGCGUAA